GGCAAUGCCACCAUCACAGUUCAAGACGUCAAAUUCCCGAAACUUCAAGUCCGAGUUGUAUUCAUAUUCCUUGCUUGCCGUCGCCGUUCCUUCCAUCUCAACCCGUUUUUAUUACACAAAAAUGAGAAAUUGUUUUGUGCCGAAAUGCGAUAACUUUUGUAAAAAUAAUCCUCGUCGAAUGAUGUUUAUGGCGCCAAAGCUUUCUAGGAUGAGAACCUUUUCAACUUAUGGAAGGAAAUUCUGCCGAAAACUCGUGAGUUCAAGAAGAUCGACAAAGUAUGCGAGCGGCAUUUCUCGAAGGACGACAUUAUGACUACUUUCGAUCACGUAAUUAAUGGGGAACUAAUGCAGAUGGAACGGGGACGACCUCGUCUCAAGCCUCACGUCGUGCCCUCAUUGAAUUUAGAUAUUGACCCAACGACUCUGGCAAAGAUGCAGGCAAACAAGAGAUCAGCUUCGGGAAAGGGUACUGUGAAGAAAGCUCUUAAAAAAGAGAAAAUCUCAGGCGACGAACAAGAUGAAACUAGCGUCUCAUCGCCGUCGAAGCCUGCGCAACCCAACGAGCUUAUAAUUCAAACGAAUCCCACAUUCGUGACGAGCAACGUAAUCAUCAAAUCUCCCACGCUAAGUCUCCCAAAGGAAAUCGUCCUGGACCCCAAUGACUUCGUAGAAGAAGAAGUGAUCAGUGAGUUCGAAUCCUUAUACGACGACGUAUUCGAAGUAACGCUGCCAAGCACGCUCUGGGGCGUACAUCGAGAGCCUAAACGCAACUUCAUCGCCUUCACAUGCUUCGACGUCCAGCAAAUGCAGAACACGAAGUGCGUCGUGCUGAGCAGCAACGGCUGCCUGAAAAUUGCACUGAAUGGGCGAAUUAUUAGCGAGCAAUCAUUCGGUCACGAGCUCAAUCCAGAUUUCAUGUCGAAUGUGUUGAACCAAGUGGAGGAGACGCGCUUCUGCUCAAACUGGAACGACUCGGGGUCGUGCGAGUUGAUAGUGAGCAACGAAUCGGAUCUAUGUUCGUCGUGCUCCUAAUGGAGUCGUUUAGAUAAUCGAGUGUUCUAUGCUCGCUAGAAAAAAUGAGUUGCAUGUGUGAAUGAGGCCGGAGUGACAAAUAUUCAGAGAUACAAUGUCUUAUUUAAUUUUAUUCGUAAGUCAAUAAUUUAACGCAACAAAUAAAUUUCUUAAAUCGA